AUGAAUAGACAAAAUAGUCAAUCUAAUGAGUACUUUAAUUUAAUUGAGAAAUGCAUAUGUACAAUGUUUUCUUAAUAACUAAGAAAUUCCCAAGGAUGAUCGACUUUAUCUUAGAUAAUGUGCCCAUUAAAAUAAUUUAGACAUUAUUUCAAUCUUAUCUUCAUAUAAAAAGAAAAAUGGUAUAAAUUUCUAAUUCAUAGAGACCAAAGAAGAUUAUAUAUGGAUUUACGCAAAUUCUUAUAACUAAAUAAAUAAGGUCGUAUCUUGUAAAAAAGAUAAUAGAAAUCCAAAGAAAAUUUAAGAAAUCUAUCUCCAUCAACCUAAAGCAAAUAAUAAUCAAGAUAAAAUAGUAUAAGAAACAACAAUCCUCGAUCAUUGAGCAAAUAAUUACAAUGUGUACAUCCAUAAGAUAAAUCAUUAUAUUUAAUGAUGUAUAUUAUAACAAGAAAUUAGGACUACUCCACAUAAAUAAUAAUAAGAUAGAUUAUCAUAGAAUUAAAAAUUCCACACGAGUAGUGGAGGGCUUUUUAAGGAAGUUCAUAAAUUUGAUGAAACUAUUAAGAAAUCUUCUAAAUAGAAAAAAUGGAUUGAAGAAGAAAUUGUUAAAAAAUAUGCUGAUCUUUUUACAGCACCUGAUUUUCUAAAGAAGCAUAGAGCUAUAUCUUAAGAUACAGAUCCAGAUAGUAAAGAUUUUAAUUUUGCAAUUCCUUGUUAGAGUUUCAUUUGUUAACCUAAAUAUUAUGCUUUAUAGAAAUUUAGUGCAGAAUAGAUUUUUGGAUUUAUCUUUAUGGAGACUUCGUUAAUUAAAAUAAGCAGGAAUUUCUUUUAAUACAAAAUGGAAGCAUUUUAUAACGAAAUUGAUGCUGAAAUUCCAGAUCUGCAAGAAAUGUUUAUGUUUAUUGAUAAAAAAAAUGAUAGUUUUAUUGAUGUUAAUGAAAUGGGAUAAUUUUUAGAUUUUGUUUGUUAAAAAGAAGAGAGAUCAAAUUAUAUGAAAUUAGAUACAAAUAAUUAAGGUUUUUUUACAGAACAUUAAAUGCUUCAAUAGACAAGAGAUCGAUAAUUAACUAGAAAGUAUUAUAUAAAACUUAUUAAAAUAGCUAUUUUCUUGAGUUUGAUAUAGAAUAAACAGGAAUGAUAACUUAUUGGGAAUAUUAUUUAAGGUAUUUUUAAUAUAUUAAUUAGAUAACCUACAUAACUUGGGCAAAAUUUAAAUAAAUUACUAAAAUGA